AUGCUUGCUGCCGUCCUCCUGACCCUGGCCCUGCUGGGCAGUGCCCACGCCUGCUCUGGAGGCACCCCGUGCCAGGCGGGCAUUGUGUGCCGCAUCACCAAGCCCGCCCUCCUGGUGUUGAACCAGGAGACGGCCAAGGUGAUCCAGACGGCCUUCCAGCGAGCCAGCUACCCGGACAUCACGGGAGAGAAGACCAUGAUGCUCCUCGGUCGAGUCUACUAUGCUCUGCACAACAUCCAGAUCGGCCACCUGUCCAUGGCCAGCAGCCACGUGGAGUUGGUGGAGGCCAGGUCCAUCGACAUCUCCAUCCAGAACGCAUCAGUGACCAUCCGGGGGACCCUGAGCUACGGUUACACAAGCGCCUGGGGGCUGAGCGUCAAUCACUCUGUUGACUUCGAGAUCGACUCCUCCACGGACCUCCAGAUCAGCACCCAGCUGACCUCUGACUCUGGCAGAGUGCGCACCAGUGCCCCCAACUGCUACCUGUCUUUCCAUAAGCUGCUCCUGUACCUCCAAGGAGAGCAUAAGCCCAGCUGGAUCCAGCAGCUGUUCACAAACGUCAUCUCCUUUACUCUGAGGCUGGUCCUGAAGGGGCAGAUCUGCAAAGAGAUCAACGCCAUCUCCAACAUCAUGGCCGACUUUGUCCAGACAAGGGCCGCCAGCAUCCUCUCCUCUGGAGACAUCCGGGUGGACAUUUCCCUGACAGGACCCCCUGACAUCACAGCAGCCCACCUGGAGUCACACCACAAGGGUCAUUUCAUCUACAAGAACGUCUCCGAGGACCUCCCGCUGCCCACCUUCUCGCCCAGCCUCCUGGGGGACGCCCGCAUGCUCUACUUCUGGUUCUCAGAGCAAGUCCUCGACUCCCUGGCCAGGGCCGCCUUCCAGGAUGGACGCCUCAGGCUCAGCCUGACCGGGGAGGAGUUCAAGGCAGUGCUGGAGACCCACGGCUUCAACACCAACCAGGACAUGUUUCUGGAGCUAUUCGGCAAUAUCCCCACCAGCCAGACCCAAGUGAUCGUCUACUGCCCGAAGAGGCCCAAGAUCUCUUGUCAGAACAAGGGCGUCGUGGUCACCUCCUCCGUGGUGGUGAAAUUCCUCUUCCCCCACCCGGAUGGCCAAACUGCUCUGGCUCAUACCUUUGAAGAGGACAUCGUCACCACCAUCCAGGCCUCCUAUGCCAAGAAGAAGCUGUCCUUGCACCUCCUGGAUCUCCAGACUCAACCCAAGUCUACUUCCAGCAUCGAUGAGAGCAACUUCAAGUCUGUCCAGAACUUCCUGUGGUCGAUGGUCUCCACGGUGGGCAUCCCUGAGGUCAUGACUCGGCUCGAGGUGACAUUUACAGCGCUCAUGAACAGCAAGGGCCUGGACCUCUUCGACAUCAUCAACCCUGAGAUCAUCUCUCGUGAUGGCUUUCUGCUGCUGCAAAUGGACUUUGGCUUCCCGGAGCACCUGCUGGUGGACUUCCUGCAGAGCCUGGGCUAGGGAUCCUGGAGCUGCCUGGGUCUCCAACCAGGAGGCCCUGACCGGGCUUGCAGCUGAACCCAGCCUCUCUGUCCAUCUGCAUGGAGUCAGGGUGCGCGUAGGGAGACGGAGGCCCAUGGCAUUAAAAUUUUGUGUCCAGGAGCGGCGAGGUGGUUCUUUCCACCAGGCGACCAGCACGCUGGUUUCAUUAAAGAGGUUCGUGGCAUAGAAGUUAACUAGUGAGAUCAAAAUA